UACAUAUACUAGCAGCACUUAUUCCAUUACAGAGCGUUCAUUCAUUUCGUCGCCAUUGUUUAAUUCGGUUGAUAGAAAAACGGUUGUUAGGUGUUUUUUGAUAUUCAGUGCAAAAAAUCAUCGUUCCGGAGAUUAAAAGCUGUUAAUACCAGCAGAAUUCAAGCAGGGAAUAAAACCUUGAAAAACUCUAACGCAUAAUGGAACACUCGGAAGAAACUAACAGUAUGGGAACGGUAGUAGUAUCAACGCAAGCCACUUCAGACGAAGAACCAUCGCAAUUUGUGAACAUAGAAGAUUUUGAACAAAUUCCGAUUAUAGGCGUUAUGAAUGUUGAAAACAAUAAUUCUACCUCAAACACGAAUGAAAACGAAACCUCCGCGGAUGUUACAUUUACGUGCCAACAACUUAUACAGAAGUAUGCAAGCUCUAAUGCCGAUAUACUUGAAUUGUAUGCGUUGCUUAAUAGCUGGAAUGUAGGAGAUCUGUUCCCGUAUUGCUGUCGCCAACACUUGUACGUCGGUGUGCUGAGACAUCUUACUCCGGAAAUGGCUAUAUCAAUUUUGAACCAACCGUGUAUCCCUCUGGGGGCACAAGUUGAAUUCUAUCACCACUGGCACAACUGGAUGGAAUCUGCGCGUUCAACAAUCGACGUCGAGAAAGCCGAAUGUUCUUCGCAGUCCAUUACGAGCAAAUCUUCGAUGAACGAAUCAAAUUCAGCACAACAGUCCAGAGCUAUGGAAGCUCCGCUUGAUUUGAACACCAUAUUAAAGUCAAAUCAGUAUGGUUUAAAUUUGAUUGCUGUAUUCAACCGGGACAAAAUUCUCAACGAUAAUCUUCGCAAGCUGAUGUUGGAAUCCAUCCUUCAGUUCUGUAUUGAAAACAAACACGAUUUAACAGUCAAAGACUGUUCUGUAUUGGCGGCACAAAUAGUCCAGGUUUUUCCAGGAGAAGUAAUGGCGUACUACUUCGUUGAAAGGAAAAAUAGCGCACCGUUGGGUAAACUCUACCACAAAUAUCGAAACUGGAAAAGCAAUCUCAACCGCAAAUCAAGCUUAGAAAAAAGCACGAAGUCCAUAGUUGGCAAUCCUUCGAAAACGUUUACAACUGAAAAAGACGAAGAAAUUCAUAUCCGCGCUCUGAGACAUGAAAUGGCUACCAUGAGCUACGAUGAAAAGCUUGCGCAUUGGGUGGGAUGUGCUGCAACGCGGUUGAACAUAAUUCAGAAUCAAAACAACCCGCAAUCCGCAAGCAAAAUAUUUGACCUUUGGCCACAGUUCAAAAAUCCAGAUGGCUAUAGGAUGAUCGAAGCUGAUUUUGUAUUUAUACACGGUCAGAAAAACGAAUUACUUGAUUCCCUUGACGCGUUCGUAGAUGUGAUGGUGGAGGAAAUAUUCCCGAAACAUCGUGAGUCGUUCAAGUCAUCUGAAGACAACGACAUGUUGAACAAACUUUCUGACAAAAGCAACAAUCUAUCACAAAACUCGUCAGCCGCUAUGACGUUCCGUCUUAUGCAAAUGCUACUACCUUUUUCGCGGAUUGAGAAGAAGUUAACAACAGAUCCUAAACGACGAUUCUACAGUAUUCAGGAAUCGAGAGAGGCGUUCCUAACUAUUUGCGCUACUGAAACCGAGUAUAAACAGAAAUAUGAUGAGAAAGUGAAGCGUGAGUCCUGUAUUCCACCUUUUAUGACACUAAUUGGAACUAUAGAGAACUUCCAUUCAAUCAUGGUAGACUUUGAGAACAUAACAUAUAAGUUCUACAGCUUUGCAAAGGCUGUAGAUGUAUGUUUCAAAGCAUACCAGCUGUUUAACAUUGCUUACCCACCCAAGUGUGAGCACUUGUGGGAUUUUUUGAACAGAGAAUUCUACAAAUUGGAAUACGAUGGUGCAAGAACGAAACCACAUACUUUCGUACUACUAAAUGAACUUAACGCUGCAAAAGUCAGAAGAUCUACGCAACCAGCUGCCGAUGCCUGAAUUUUCGUUUGCUAUAAUUUUAGGUUAUUUGAAACAUCUUCAACAUCUUAAAAAAUUAUAUGGAUAUGAAUAUACUUGAGUCAAAUUUACUUUAUUCAAAAUAUCAGAAUUCAUGAAAUAAAAAAAUACA